CCUCGUGAACGCGCUAGAGCAGCAAUGGCCGCUUUGGAUCGGCGAAAUCCUAAUCUCGACGAUUUUGUCGGAUUAAGCUGGAGUUGUUGGGUAGAUAGGGUGAAUAUUUUACCGGCUGACGCUAAUUGUGAAGACAGCAAGUAUGUGAGGAACCGCUUUGAGGCCAUGACUCUCAGGAAAGAAGAUAUGCACAUAUAUGGCCACUGCCCAGCACAUGAUGAGAUCUACAUGGUGGUGUGCAACCACUGUGGCCAGGUGGUGAAGCCUCAAGCCUUUGAGAAGCACUGUGAGAGACGGCAUGGUGCUCUCACUAAGAUGUGUGGCCAGUCAUCCGCUUUGGCUCCACAGCAGCGACCUCGCCCUGGCCGCCCUCCUUCAAACCUUUCCUCGUCUAGAGAGAGGCAGAAGGAUGGCAGAUGUCAUGAAGCCAGUGCCUCCUCCUCGGCUGUGUUACCUGCCCACCCGCACAGGCCAACCAAAGCCCAGAAGGAGACAGUGAGUUUUGCUUCAGCGGAGAAGCUCCCUCAGGACAAUCCUGCCCUACCACAGCACUCCUCCUCCACGCCUCGCCCCAGGGUUCAUCUGUGGCACUCAGGACCCCUGCCCCCUGGCCACUGUUCUUCCUCCACUUCUCCGUCAGAGACACCCUCUGUGCAGAAGCACACAGCUGGGCAGUCCAGUGAGUCUCACAGUCCUCUGCGGGGAACAAGGACCUACAGCCGGAUCCACAAAAUCACCGACAAGAAAGAAUGUGACCUGAAUAAACACUGCAGAGUUCUGGAUCCAGAAAGGAAGAAGCUGUGCAGCCGGGAGCUUAUAAGCAAUACUGAUUCCAUCCACCAGCAGCAGAAAGUGAUGGGAAGGACUAAGACCUUUGAUCAGUUGGUAGUGGAGCAGAGAACAGCCUCAGCAGGUCGAGAUAUGGAGCAGCUUCUUGUCAAAUCAAAAGACAAAGAGCAACAUCUGGAAGCUGUUGAAGAGAAAACAACAACUCAGGGCAGUAAAUAUAACUUCAACAGCAACUGUCACAUUCUCAGGUCCAGGGAUCCAUUGACCAGCUUUCCAGAGGAGGAGGGUGACAACACUGUGGACGUGGAUGUACAGCCUCCCUAUCCCUUCAACCAGAGCCUGCUGUCAAGUGAGGAGAGUGAAGACGAUGAGCAGGGGGAGGCCACAAACCUGCCUGCCACACCCUGGCACCCCAAACCUCUUGGGCUGUGCACUUUUGGAUGCCGCACCUUGGGCUGCAGCAUCUUCACCUUCGACCGGCGUUGGCACCACCUGCGGUUUGCCCUCAGCGCCAUGUUGGAGCACCAUGUCAGCACACACUUGUGGAAAAAAAUGCCUCAAGUAUCAUCAGGUCUCAGGUCACAUCACGCCACACCUCUGACUGUAGGAUCACCUGUCAAGACUGGGGCCAGACCCUCCAAAUCCACUGGCUGCCGCAGCCUUGAGUCUACCUCACUGGGACAACUGGAAACCAAAAGUAGUCUGCACAAUGCUCACAGUACCAAACCACCUUCUUCCGCCACUUGUGCGAGUCUUGGGCCUGGUCGACGGCGCAACCCUGUUGGGCGACCUAGCAAGGCUCAGCUAACAGAGGUGGAAGUUAUGCAUGAUGCAGCACAGAAAGCUGCCAAGCUGUCACACAGUGGUGCUGACAAAUCCUCCAAAUGCAUCAGGGACCCCCCCCUCUAUGAGAAGGGCCAGUCACACUUGCCCUCCUCUCGAGGGCCUGUAAAUGGUACCCCACCUGGAAAGAAGCCAUGUCCUCCUCUCCACCGCUCCCCCAACAACAGAGGGAGGCCCCCAGGGAUUCAGCAGAAGGGGGUGGGCUAUGACCACAGCAGUCUUGCCCAAAAGCGCAAAGGCAGCAAUGAGUUGCUGCCCCUCAGCUCCUCACUAUCCAGGACCUCAAAGUGUCAGCGCUUGUCCUCCCCUUCCUGUUCCAGCCUCCCUGCCUGGAAAGGAGAGAAUAUUGGGGACAUGCUUGCUUGGGGCCUGGAGAGAAGAUCCGACUCUUAAAGAGUGAGUAGUCUAGCUAGCUAUGGCUUGCUAUAGGCUGCAUACAUCAAUGUUUUUCAAUGAUGUUGUGGUUCUUUCCCUUUAAGCCUAAAAGUGGGACUGUGUUUUUGUUCUUUUAAUAACAAUGAUUGCAUUUGUGGGUGACAGUUGUUUACUGCUCAUCUUCGCAGCCAAUAAAGAGGCCACCUGCCUUAAAAAGACCACUUGGAGAAGAGGCCUGCUGCAGGCUGCAGUGGCUGUGCCAGCAUAGUGUGAGUGCAUGAAUGUGUUUUGCGUGUGUGUAUGUUUCUGCCUGUGAUUGUUUAAGUCUUCACAUUUUUAUGCACAGACAUCAGGAAUAAUAUUUGUCUGCAUAUACCAUAUGUGUGUAUUUUUGCAAAAUGCCUAUUUUUCUACGUGAUCAAAUCUCUCAGUUAAUACCUUUUGUAAUGUAAAAAUACCUCAAUCUACUCGUCAUGCUGCUAAACUGAAAAGUAAUUUCAUGUCAAAGCAA